AUGAAUCAACGAAGCGACGGCAAUGUUCAUGCGCUUGAAUGUCGCGAGACAAAGUCCUCGCAAGGUGAUCCCGCAAAGCCAGUAGCGGAUUUGUUCCGUCUUGACAAUCGGUCAAUCAUAAAAUAUCACUUCACUGGAGCGAACGGAUUCCUGGGUACAACACUCGCAAUUGCAAUCUUUGAGAGCGGUGCCGAUGUGAUCGCUCUCGAUCUUACCCGUCUCCCACAGCUAAAAAUUGGGAUUGGCGUAUAUGAAGUGGAAGCCGCAGCGAAGAAGUAUGAGCGCCAACUCUCAUACUAUCCUCUCGAUAUCACAGACGAAAAUGCUGUCACGGCCGCAUUCGCUAAAUUCAUGCCAACGCUGCGAUGCCCUCUCAAGGGUCUAGUCUCAUGUGCUGGUCUCUCGCGAAACGGACCAGCCACUCAAUUCCCCGUCUCUUCAUUUCGACGCGUGUUAGAUAUCAACGUGACAGGCACUUUCCUCAUCACACAGGCAGUUGCAAACGAGUUGCUAAAGGCAAAUACGACUGGAAGUAUGGUGCUGGUGGCUAGUAUGAGCGGAUACGUCUCCAACAAGGGUGUCGAUACGGCCGGAUACAACGCUUCCAAGGCUGCUAUUCAUCAGCUCACGCGCUCUUUGGCGGCUGAAUGGGGAUCUCGCACUGGAAUGCCGCUCAUUCGAGUUAACUCCCUUUCGCCUGGCUAUAUCCGUACUGCUGCAACUGCAGAGGCACUUCAAAAGCCUGGAAUGGAGUCUCAGUGGGUUGGUGAUAAUAUGCUUUAUCGCCUCAGCACUGUGGACGAAUUCCGUGCUCCUGUACUUUAUAUGCUUGGAGAUGGGAGUAGUUUCAUGACUGGUGCUGAUCUACGGGUGGAUGGGGGACACUGCUCUUGGUAG